AUGUAUAAACAACAGCCAAGCUCUCAAAUAAUGGCUCCUUUACCUCCGGAAAGAUGUACUCUCUCUCUUCCUUUCCAGGUAACAGGAAUUGAUUUUGCUGGACCAUUCGAGACAAAAACAUCGAUUCUAAGGAAAUCUCCAAUAACUAAAGGAUACGUAAGUGUGUUUGUAUGUUUUAGCACAAAAGCUAUCCAUUUAGAGCCUUGUUCAGAGUUAUCCUCAGCGGCGUUCCAAGCUGCUUUCGCUCGCUUCAUCGGGAGGCGGGGGCUCCCCCAAAGGGUAGUUACAGACAAUGGACGAAAUUUCUUAGGAGCUAGUAGAACUCUUGAACGAGAAUUUUCUGCGUUUGUCAAAAAUAGUGCCCAAGAUGUAGCUCAGAAAUACAUCACAUACGGAUUUGAAUGGAAAUUCAUUCCACCUCACGCUCCUCAUAUGGGAGGCCUUUGGGAGGCAGCCGUAAAGAGUUUUAAAUAUCAUUUUAAGCGAAUUGCAGGUUCUCAUAAAUUUACAUUUGAAGAAUUCGCUACAGUUUUAGCACGAAUAGAAGGAGUACUCAAUUCAAGGCCUAUAUCAGCAGUUUCGGAAGAUCCCUCAGAUAUCACAGCUCUAACGCCUGGACAUUUUCUAAGAGGUGCCCCCUUGAUGGCAUUCCCUGAACAAGAUUGUUCAAACAUGUCGAUUUUAAAUCGAUGGGAAAAACUGAAAGCCAUACAUCAUCAAUUUGCUCAACGUUGGAAAACUGAUUAUCUAAAAUCACAACAUAAAAGGUAUAAGUGGAAAACCUCAUGCAAAAAUAUGCAGAUUGGUGAUUUAGUUAUUGUUAUGGACGAUCUACUACCACCUCAUGAAUGGAAUCUUGGCAGGAUCGAAAAAACAUUUUCUGGUUCAGAUGGUAAUGUACGAACUGCCAACGUACGCACCGCUAGCGGUGUAAUUAAGCGCCCUAUUGUCAAAUUAUGUUACCUCCCUUUUUUAAAUCAAGAGGAAGCUCAAGUUGACUCAAACCUUAAGUAA